UCGUCGUGUGCGUGUGCACUUGUAUGCGUGGCGUUUGCGCGCGAGUGUCCGUCCCCGUGCGCUUGUGAGUGUGCCGUCUGCGCGAGCGCGUGCGAGAAUGUGCGGAGUGUGACGCGCGGCGCGCGAUAAUCCAACGACGGAGACCACGGCCGGUGCGCUCGUCCUGCGUUAGUCGUGCCGCGACGAUGGAAUACGGGCCAGAAAUAACGUGAUCAUCCGCGCGGCCCCGUGGGCGAUCGCAGUCGCGUUUUACAUAUCGUUAUAUUAUUAUUGUUGUUAUUAUUAUUAUUAUUAUUAUUAUAUUAUUAUUUUCCGUGUUAUAUUUUCGUUCGUUAUCAUAUUUUCUCGGUGCCGCGAUCACGCCUGCAGCGUGUGCGCGCGCGCGUGCGCUUAUGUGUGUGUGUGAGUGAUCGUGUGUGUAUGUGUGUGCGUGCGCGCCAGCGAACGUGAGUGUGUGUACGUCAACGAGGGCGCGUGAGUGUGUGUGCGUGCCGCGGCGGGUACGUCUCGCCUCGUCGUCGUCAUCGUCGACCUCUUCGUCUUCGGCGGAUCGCGCCGCACGACACACGUACACAACGUAAACGGACGUCGACCGUAGUGCCGAUCGCACGCGGCGGCGGUGGUGCGGACGGUGUGUGGUGGUGGUGGUGGUGGUGGUCGGUGGACAGUGGUGCCGUCCGCGUACGCACAUACGGGCUCCGUUGUCCCGCACGGACGCGUCGCGCACCACGUUACACGCUACACGUACACCGCGCCGCCGGUGGUGGCCGUGGUGGUAGUGGUGGCGGCCGCGACAUAUUAUCCGCGCCGCGACCCGUUCGCCGUGUUCCGAAAUUCGCGCUGCCGAACGAUGUAACGCAUCAAACUCGAACGCACGCGAACCGUAAUACCCGCGGCACGACCGUUUGAUAUUACGACAUCGUCGCCGUCGUUGCCGGUGCCGGUGUCGGUGUCGUCCGUGUCGUCGUCGUCGGUGUCGUCGUCGUCGUCGUCGUCGUCGUCGUCUCGCGUGCGUAAACAGUGUGUGCGUGUGUGUGGCGUGCGCGGUGCAGUAGUGACGUGUUUGCCGACCGGGUUUCGGCACAUAUAGGAAAUCUGGCUGGGACGGACGCGGCCGGGCGCCGGUGCGGGUGGCGGUGGGGAAGACGGCGGCGGCGGCAGUACUGCUCGCACAAUGGCGGACUGCCGAGGGCACGUAUUCACCAAGAAAACCUUCCACCUACCGGCCUACUGUCACAAUUGCACCAAUUUACUGUGGGGCGUCGUGACGCAGGGCAAUUUCUGCACAGUAUGUAAUUAUAUAGCUCACGAAAGUUGCCUAAAAAAACCCGGCAUAUCACCUUGCCAUAGUCUAGCAGCUAGUUUAAUUAAGAAUCCAGUAUCACAUUGUUGGUCCGAACCAAUAAGAAUUAGAAACCAAAGAUGUUGUAAUGUUUGCCGUAAAAAAAUCGAUGGUCGUACCUUCAGCGUUACUUGUGAAAUUUGUCAUUACUACACCCAUGUCGAUUGUAUAUCGUCGGCAGUCGCCGAUUGUAAAGAAACAGCUACUUAUCACCCUGGAAAAUUAUUGGAUUCCGUGCAUCAUGAACAUCAUUGGAGAGAAGGAAAUCUUAGACCAGGUGCAGUGUGUUAUGCUUGUGUCAAGCCAUGUUGGACCACAGACUGCCUGGCUGGAUUUCGUUGUGAAUGGUGUGGUAUUACGGCCCACGCAACAUGUCGCAGUCAAAUACCGUUCGAAUGUGAUUUUGGUAUUCUUGGUCCAAUAUACUUACCACCUCAUGCAGUCAGCAUUCCACGAACUGAAGUGCCAAUGGAAUCAAUUAUUGGGGUACAAGUGCGCAGAAAAGAAAAAGCUACGCCUCGGAGUAUAUCGAUUGAAUUUAGCAGUGGUGAGAGUAAAACUAAAGACGUGGAAGAUGAGGAAAUGUAUGAAAUUGAAAAAAUUAAAGAAGAUAAAAAUGAAGAAUUAGUUAAAGUUUACGACGGUGAUGCAUCAUAUUUAAAACAUACCAGCUUCACGGUAAAAGUUCCAAAAGCAGUAAAAACUGAGACGCUCAUUUCUACAAUACUUCAAUCAUUAAAUAUCUCUCAAUCUGCAGAAAACUUUUAUUUGACUGACGCAUAUGGUUUAAAUGAACCAAUUUUGGAAGAUCCUAAUCCAAUAAAUAAUGUUACUAGAUUAGGAGGCAAGAAGCCUGCUGUUUUUCUACGGCUAAAGCAAGACAGUCAUGGUGGUUUAGUAAGAGUUUAUCCUGGCCGUCUUCAGACUGAUAUACCAUUUUGCGUGGUUUCUGUUGAUAGACAAACUACAGCUAAAGAUCUGAUUGUUGAGUCUUUAUCUCGGUUCGGUUUUACUUCGCACAAUUCAACUGACUAUAGACUCAGUCAACUUCUGUUGGAACAUGGAGUGACGGAACGAGUACUUGAUUUUGAUGAAAAACCAUUAGAUAUAAUAAAAAAUAUUGGACAAGAAUCUCUUAGACAAAUGGAAUUAAUGCGAUUUUAUUUGCAACUUAAACAGGAUCCUCAUGGACCUAAUAUCGCCUUAUUUGUUGGAAAUUUACCAACAAAUUUAUCUCAACGAACUUAUGAAAAUAUUUUAAUGACUUUCUUAGGAGAAGAUUGCAGAUUUAUAACUAUUGGACCAAUUUAUUACGAAUACGGCUCAUUGGUUAUCAUGUACAACGAGACAAAUAUUGCAGUAAAUGCCAUGUACCUCCUUAGAGGUGCUGAAUAUGAACACAAACAUCUAUUAGUUAUGUUAUUACCAAACAUUGAUCCAAUAAUGGUACCAGCAGAAACACAGCCAUUAUUAGUAUUUGUAAAUGUCAAGUCGGGUGGCUGUCAAGGUUUAAGCUUGAUAUCCAGUUUUCGAAAAUUGCUUAAUCCUUAUCAAGUAUUCGAUUUGGGAAAUGGAGGACCACUUCCUGGGUUGUACGUGUUUAGACACAUUAGAGAUUAUAAAAUUCUCGUUUGUGGUGGUGAUGGUACGAUUGGCUGGGUGCUUCAGUGUUUAGAUAACGUGGGUCAAGAUAGUGAAUGUUCAUCACCGCCAUGCGCUAUUGUUCCAUUAGGCACUGGCAAUGAUCUAGCUCGUGUAUUGAAAUGGGGUGCCGGGUACAAUGGUUCAGACGAACCUAUACAUUUAUUAGAGGAUGUAAUAGAAGCAGAAAAAAUACGAUUAGACAGAUGGACUGUGGUCAUUCACCACGAAGAUAGAGCAGACGGCCGACCAAUUCACGUACCUAACUCAGUUGGAAUGAGUGAAGAUAACACUCAAAUUUUUGUGAUGAAUAAUUACUUUGGAAUUGGCAUUGAUGCUGAUUUAUGCCUUGCAUUUCAUAAAGCUCGAGAAAAAAAUCCAGAAAGAUUUAACAGCCGAAUUGGUAACAAGAUUGAAUACUUAAAUGUUGGAUUGAGGAAAAUUAUCCAUCCACCUUGUAAAAAUCUGCAACAUGGCGUUCGUUUGGAAGUAGAUGGAAAACUGGUCGUACUUCCUCAACUCGAAGGACUUAUCAUUUUAAAUAUUUUGAGUUGGGGAUCAGGAGCUAAGCCAUGGGGUCGAAACUGCAACGAAGAACAAUUUUCCACACCUAACCACUGGGAUGGUAUGCUGGAGGUUGUGGCCGUAUCUGGAGUAGUUCAUUUAGGACAAAUCCAAACAGGUCUUCGAUAUGCUAAAAGAAUAGCUCAGGGUGGACAUGUUAAAAUUCAUUUAACUAAUGAAGUACCCGUGCAAGUUGACGGCGAACCUUGGGUACAAGGACCAGGCGAAUUAGUGAUUCUCAAAUCGGCUUUAAAAGCAACUAUGCUUAAAAAAGUAAAACGCACAGAACGGAAGCAAACCUCACGCACUCGAGCUGUUAGAUAUAUGGCUAAUUUGCAAGCGGUGGCAUCUAUUAAUGGCAGGGAAAACGAAUAAAUCUAAAAACCUUAAUUCCUUUCAAUAACCUAUCCCACGGCAGAAUGCAAAUUGUCAAACUGGUUAUCAAAUAUUAUAUCUGUGUUAUUCAUGCAUUUGAUCAUUAUUAUAGGUAACUAAAAUUAAAAAAUGAAACAUUAAUUGUAGAAUCAAAAAUAUCAUAUAGGAGCUCUGACGCUCUGUUUUAUAUCCUGAAUAUUGCUUACCAACUUACAGACUGUAAUUUUAGUACUAUAUAUGUACUUCUCUCCCAAGGACCCUAUUUUAAAAACACGUAAACGGUAUACAAACUCUAUAUAAAGUUUGUGUACGAUAUUAUGUUUAUUUUUUAUAAUAGGGCCCAUAUACUAAUAAAUCGAAGUAAUAUAAUAUCUAUUUAGAUCUG